UGCUCAGCGACGGGAGUGAUCGGAUGUGAAAAAGCGUGUGGAAGAAAAAAAGGUAGAAUUUGAGUGAAAAGAAAUAGAGUGUUGAAAGCGAAGUAAAGGUUGUAAUAAUCGUCGAAUUGCGUCCGAAAUCCCCUACAUCUGGCGACGAGAAUGGAGAAACUGGUAAGUUUAAUAUACGUCUUAAAAAAAUUGAUAGAAAGUGAGUGAAAAAGAUGAUGGUAACCUAGCGUCCGUAGGGCGUAGGCCUACGGGUUUUGAAAGUGAGGUUAGGUUUUUUUUUUGCCGGGAGAGUGGCUUACAUGGUUGAUUCAUCACAGAUAGCUGCGAAGAGUGCAGCCGGGGGGAUUUUUUUAUUCGUUCGGUUAGCGGUGCUGUGUUGUGGUGGAAGCUAUUGCAAAUAGGUGAGCGUGAAUGAAAAUCAUUUUGCUGCUAUAGUGGUAGUGGUAUUGUCGUCUGAUGUAUCUGUUUUGAGGGUGGUUCAAUAUUAUGAUCUAAAAUGACGAAAUGCAUUCACCGAUACGUGUGUUUUUGGGUUCAAUCCACUGGCACAUUUCACCAGAGGAGACAAUUGUGAUUGAAAAGUGAUUCACGUUUUGAGAAAUGUAAUCAAAUCGGGCUUUGAGGAGUUCAUGAAAAGUACCUGGUACCGUUAGGAGUUCUUUUGGCUUUGAGGAGUCAAUGAUAUUCUGAGGAAUAUUGAAUGCAUCUGGUUUCGAGAAACCAAACUACUACUCUGAGGAGUUGGAGGUAAGAAACUUUGAGAAGUCAUCAAUAUUCUGAGGAAUAUAGAACAUACUGAGGAUCGAGAUUCUUAUUGGGUACAGGUAGCUGCAAGGUACAAGAGAAAUGAUUUCGAGAAAUCACACGCAUUCUGAGGAAUGUUGAAAUUUUGCACUUUGAGAAGUCUGUGUAGCUGAAAUUUAUCUUGCUCCGAGGAGUAAAUGUGUACAAUUUGGGAAAGUUCUGAAUUUGGCGAUCCAAAGCGGAAUUCAAUUACUCGAAGAUGAGCCUUGAGGUAUCUAAUGCCAUGUUUGGGUAACUGAAAUUGCGGAAAAGAAAUAAAAAAACGAUAUAUCAUGUUCAUAUAUAUUUAUUGAUAAUCCACAGCAAUAUGGGUCACAAACAAAUGUGUUUACCUCUUAUUUUCAGAUCGAUGAUUCUCGGCCGGUUCAACCUUUUCGGUGUGAAGAGAUCGAAAGGAACCAGCUGGCCAAGGAGUGGAAGAGCUGGAAAACAGCUCUCGAAAUUUAUUUUGAAGCGUAUGGGAUCUCGGAUCAGAAAGUUAUGAGGGCGAAAUUGUUGCAUUUUGGAGGCAAGCAACUGCAAAAUGUUUAUGCAAAUUUACCAGACGUUGACAAAUUGCCUGUGGUAUCAGUUCAGCCAAACUGGUAUGAUGCAGCUAUCGCGAAAUUCGAUGAAUUCUUCGAGCCCGGUCGACAAUACAUCCUUGAGAGAUGUCGACUGAGGAAAAUUCGGCAAGGCAACAAUGAGAGAUUUGCUCAUUUUGUUAUGCGUAUUCGGCAGCAGCUAGCCGACUGCGGAUUGGAAAGAUAUUCGGCAGACGUAAGAAGUGUGUUGACUGAGAUCUUUGUGGUCGACAUUAUUGUCGAAGGAUGUGCGUCAGAAGAAUUGCGAAGAAGGAUUUUACAGAAAGAUGUGACACUGGGGCACAGAGAACAGACAUCCAAGUCCAGUUCCGAAACUGUGUAAGGAAUUUAACGGCCAUUUGAAAUCGGCAACACAAGUGGCAAUAGGGUGGCGCUGCAAUCGGUUAAUUCCCCAUACUAAUUUAAUUCACCACUUGAAAUGUUUCAAUUCACCACUGACUGUGGCAAUAUGGUGUUUGGUGGCGUUUGUGUUGUCAUCGUAUAUUGGUUUGCAACCUUACUCAAGUAAAGAUUCAAAUCCUUACACAACUUUCCGAAUGAAAUUUGUUCUUGCCUGGAUGUCUGUUCUCUGUGACUGGGGGAAGUUGAAGAGAUGGGGUCGAUGAUGGAAGGAGUCGAGCAACAGGUAAAGGACCUGAGCUCACUGACAGCGAAGGAAACACAAUCGGGAAGCGCCUUUCAAGUAGAAUCGAAGCAAUACAAGAAGCGAGUACCAACUAAUCAUACGGACAGGAAAAGGAUUCAGAUGAAAUACGAGAAAAACUUCCGUGACGUUACCUGUUACAACUGCGGAACAAAAGGACAUAUUGCUACCUCUCAGGACUGCAAAGCACGGAACCAAACAUGCCGUCGAUGUCAUCGCAAGGGGCAUUUUGAAGCUGUCUGCCGUAAGCGAUCAUGGCCCACGGCUGCUGGUGAACAGAAAAAGGUGCGACUUCUGCAAGAUGCGGGUUCAAAGUCGGUCUCUACAGCUGAUUCGCAAGAAAGUCCUGCGGAACAAAAGCAAAAGUCAUACUAUUGCUUCUAUUUUGGAUCGGACACCAAUACGUUAGAAUUCACCCUUGGUGGUGUUCUCCUGAACAUGCUGAUUGACUCGGGAUCUGAUGUCAAUUUAAUCACUGCUUGUGCCUGGGAGAAACUGAAACAGCAAAACGUCAUCGUCCGUGAUAUGCAAAAAGGCGCUGCUGAUGUUAUCAAGGGAUAUGGUAGCGAGAUUCCUUUGCAAAUCAUGGGUUCUUUCUUUGCUGAGAUUUCGAUCGGCGCUAAAUCUACUACAGCUAAGUUCUUUGUCGUCCGUGACGGGCAACGGUGUUUGUUGGGAGAUGCCACAGCGAAAGGCCUGGGAGUGCUGCAUAUCGGAAAGCAGGUGAGCCAGUUGGAGAGAAAGGAACCAUUUGCGAAAAUCAAGGACGUUCAGGUGCAGAUCCAUAUGGACCCGUCUUUCAAGCCGGUGUUUCAGCCAGUUCGCCGCGUCCCUAUUCCUUACGAGGCAGCCGUCAACAGCAAGCUGGAUCAGCUACUAUCUCAAGAGAUAAUUGAGGUAAAAACUGGACCAACAACUUGGGUAUCUCCUUUGGUUGUGGUAGGUAAAGCGAAUGGUGAACCUCGAGUAUGCCUAGACCUCAGACGUGUCAACGAGGCAGUAUUGAGAGAACGUUUUCCCAUGCCAGCAGUAGAUGACCUACUGGCAAGGAUCGGGAAAGGGAAGGUUCGAAGCAGACUAGAUGUGCGAGAUGCUUUUCUACAAACCGAAUUAGCUCCCGAGUCUCGCGAUAUAACAACAUUUAUUACGAGCAGAGGUCUUUUUCGAUUUAAAAGGCUUCCAUUCGGACUGGUAUCGGCCCCAGAAAUAUUUCAGAAGGUCAUGGAUGAAAUAUUAGCUGGGUGUGAAGGCACAGUGUGUUACCUAGAUGAUAUCUAUGUAGAAGGAGAUGAUCAGCAACAACACGAUGAACGUCUAAAUCAAGUACUCGAUCGCCUGAAAAGUCGAGGGGUAUGUCUUAACGUCGACAAAUGUGAAAUUGGUGUUUCCGAAGUACAGUUUUUAGGCCAUGUAGUUUCGGAAAACAGCAUCAGGCCAUCACCAGCAAAGGUCGAUGCUCUGAUUUCGUUUCGUUGUCCAGUAAAUGCUUCAGAGGUCAAGAGUUUUUUGGGGUUAGCCAAUUAUAUGAAUAAGUAUAUUCAAAACUUGGCAACAUUGGAUGAACCAUUGCGCAAGCUAACGCAGCAAGCAGUUAAAUUCCAGUGGGGCGAAACUGAACAGAAGUCAUUUGAUGCUAUCAAGAAGGCGCUCCUCGAAACUGUUAAACUAGGAUACUUCAACGUCAAGGACGCUACUUCUUUGAUCGUGGAUGCUAGCCCUGUAGCUUUGGGCGCUAUCCUCGUUCAGACGAACGAUGUUGGAGAGCAUCGUGUCAUUUCCUGUGCCUCAAAGUCCCUAACUGAUACAGAGACUAGGUACUGCCAAACGGAGAAGGAGGCGUUGGCGGCAGUCUGGGGAGCCGAGCGGUACCAGAUGUAUUUGCUUGGCAAACAUUUCGACUUGGUUACUGACUGCAAAGCUUUACAAUUCCUUUUCACAUCCCGUUCAAAACCGUGUGCCCGCAUCGAAAGAUGGGUCCUUAGGAUUCAGGCUUUCGAUUAUACUGUGAAACAUGUACCAGGGGAGAUGAAUAUUGCCGAUGUUCUUUCACGCCUGUCCACUCUGAAACCAGUAGCAUUCGACCUUUCAGAAGAGCUCUUUAUCAACGAAGUUGUGGCUGCAGCGGCAAAUAAUAUAGCUAUCAGAUGGGAAGAGAUUGACACGGCAUCCAAACAGGACAAGGAGCUUCAAGAAAUCUUGAAAAGUUUGGCUAGUGACCGUUUAUUUGAGCUUCCUAUCGCAUACCGCGUGAUCGGACAAGAACUUUCACAAGUGGGCAACAUUUUGAUGCGGGGAGACCGUAUUGUUAUUCCACAACGUUUGCGCGAAAAAGUCUUAUACUUGGCCCACGAAGGUCAUCCGGGAACGCGGAUGAUGAAGAGCCACUUGCGUGUAUCAGUUUGGUGGCCGAAAAUGGAUGCAGAUGUCGAAGGGUUUGUAAAGAGAUGUCGAGGCUGCACACUUGUUUCAGCACCUGAAGUCCCGGAACCGAUGAGCCGACGCGAGUUGCCAUCCGGUCCAUGGGAAGAUGUGGCUAUCGACUUUUUGGGACCGCUGCCAGAAGGUCAGUUCUUGUUGGUUGUUAUUGAUUACUACAGUAGGUUCUUCGAGGUUUGCGAGAUGAGUACAAUAACGGCAGAAGCCACCGUAAAGGAGCUCACGGUCAUGUUCAGUCGAUUUGGAGUUCCAAUCAGUCUAACGGCUGAUAAUGCUCCUCAGUUGAGCGAAGAUUGCGAGGAGUUCUCAACAUUUUGCACGAAGUAUGGAGUGAAAUUAAUUAACACGAUACCUUAUUGGCCUCAAAUGAAUGGGGAGGUGGAGAGGCAGAAUAGGACGAUUCUAAAGCGACUGCAGAUUGCACAGGAACUUGGUCAAGAUUGGCGUGGUGAGCUUCAAAAGUUUCUUCUUAUGUAUCGCGCAACGCCUCAUCCUACGACAGGUCGAUCACCUGCCGAACUUAUGUUCGGUCAUAGAAUUCGUUCCAAAUUACCGCAACUUUCUACUUUUCGGAGGGAGGAUGAAGAAACGAGAGAUCGAGACCAAAUUUCGAAAGAGAAGGGAAAACAGUACGGUGAUAAUAAGAGAAGGGCAAAGGAGAGUACCAUUGCCGUAGGUGAUUACGUACUUGCUAAAAGGAUGAGAAAAGACAACAAACUAUGUACUGAGUUCAUGAACGAAGAAUUUGUAGUCCUUACGAAGCAAGACGCAGAUGUCACAAUAAAGUCGUUGGUAUCUGGUAAACAGUUCAGAAGGAAUGCAGCUCAUUUAAAACGCAUUGAAAUGAUCUCGGAAGGAAAUAUUGGAGCCAAUACCAGCAGGGCUGACGACGGAGAAAGGUUGGAAAGCACAGAAGAUCUGACUGUACCAUCAGUAGUCGCCGGAAAAGAAUGCAGUCGCAAACGUAAGGAGCCGUCUUGGUUCGAAGAUUAUGUGCCUCACUAUGUCAAGAAAGAUUAAGGGGGAUGUAGUGGCGGACCCCCCGGUUCAGAGGCAGUCAAAGAGAAAACGUAGCGUAUAACGGGAGUGGAGAGAGAGUGGGAAAGGGAGAGCGGGAAAGGGUGUAAAAGAACGGGGAUUGUGUGCUCAGCGACGGGAGUGAUCGGAUGUGAAAAAGCGUGUGGAAGAAAAAAAGGUAGAAUUUGAGUGAAAAGAAAUAGAGUGUUGAAAGCGAAGUAAAGGUUGUAAUAAUCGUCGAAUUGCGUCCGAAAUCC